AAAUAUCAUUUACCUUAAUUUUAGGAGGAGGGUUCCCAUGACAUUGGUUCCCAAUGUCAUGGGAACCAAGGUGUAAUUUUAGGAGAGAGGGAAUAGUAGUUGUGUAAUUGCCUAAUUGGGUAACACCCGCCAAAACUAAACCCGACGAAGACAAUUUUGUCCUAUGGGAGGGACUGAAUGCGGUGUGUGUGUUUCUCCAGUGCAAAAUUAUGAAGAAAGCCCGACCCGUAAAAAAUCCGACCAGGAAAACCUCGACGAAAGCCACCAGUUCUUCGCCCAAAUCCGCCAACAAGGAAAAGCGCACCGCCAUAUCUACUGUACCUAAUCCAGAACCUCGGUUUAGCCCUUCCCUGUCGGAUUUCUUGAAGAAAUGGACAAUCUUGCCCCCAGAUUUCUUCCAAAUCGACGCUCUCGAUCUCGCCCCGCGCCUGCUCGGCAAGUUCCUGAGGAGAGACGACGUUGUUCUUCAGAUUACCGAGGUAAUUACUGCUGUUGCUCUUCUUCUUCUGGCAUUAACGGUCUAUUUGAAUGUGGAAGCUUAUAGGCCAGAUGAUUCUGCCAGCCACGGUCGAUUCGGGGUGACAGGAAGGACUGCCCCUGUGUUUGGUCGCGGUGGACAUGCAUAUGUAUACCUCUGCUAUGGGAUCCAUUUCAUGCUCAAUGUUGUUGCAGACAAAGAAGGCAUUGGAGCAGGCGUCUUGAUUCGUUCUUGUGCUCCCGUUCAUGGGCUGGAAACCAUUCAACAGAGGCGUGGUUUACAAACCGAGAAGCCUCUUCUUCUUACUGGACCUGGAAAGUUCAUUUUCCCCCUGAUCUUGUUUGUGGCUUUAGCUUGGAAAGUCAUUUGAAAGAAAGACUCAUAUGAUGG